GCUCACUCUGCUUUGGUCUCGCCUCGGACUUACUUCAAUUAGGUUGUGUUGGAUCUACAAGGAACAAACUUAGACUGCCCCACCCCCUCCUGUGCAGGGGAUAGCAGAGUUGUUCAUCUCUCCAGCAUCAACAAGCAGCCAUUCCUCUUCUUCUGGUUUUAAGGAAGAACCAGUGAUUUCUGCGACUCAUCCACCCAUCUGUCUCUCCAUCCAUUCGUCUGUGAAGCACUUCUCUGUCUGUUCCACCUUCCCCCGAGCCCCCUCUCUCUCCUUGUCUCUGAACCAUCCCCCUCCCCCCUCACCCAGCUCAGCCCAUGACAGGAGAGAAGCCAGCAUGGCAUUCUCAUCACGCUUUUCCUUCUGGGAGCAAAAGGUUAAAGAAGAUGCCAAGCCUGGCGCCAAGAGUUCAAAUGGGGGUUCAGACAGCGAUGGAAGCAUGAGUAGCCGAGCUCAGUCUGUUCCUUGUCUGGACCCCGGCAAGGGCUUGUUCCGUGCCAAAAGCCCACAACCGCUGGGUCCCACACAGCCCAGCUCACGGGUUCACAGCCCGUCACCACCCAGAGUCCGCUCACCUGUCAAGGUGCCUGAACGCUUCAAAAGCCUGGAGCCCGAGUUGAGGAUGCCCGAGAGGCAUAAGAGUCCUGAGCCGUCCCGAGCUCCCAUGAGCCCAGAGCCGGUGCUGAACGGCGAAAGCAAACACAACGUGGCAGUGAACGGUAGUGCCAUCAACGGCAAUGCUAACGGAAAUGUCAAGCCUCCGGGCGCCAGCAUCAGCCAGCCGGACCUUACAGACGACCAAGGCCUCAUCCGCAAGAAGGUGGUAAAGGUGGUACGCCGUGUGGUGAGAAAGGUGCUGCCUACAGAGGAAGAGGAUGCCAGGCGUCCCACUGGGCACGCCCAAACACCAAGCAGCAAAACGCUUAUGGAACCACCGAAACCGGCUGCAGCGCCAGCUUCGGUACCCAAGGGCCCCAAAGUUCCCUCGUUCUCCUUCAAGCAUGACACCAUCAAGACGGAGGACAAAGACGACAUAUCGGCAGGCUUGACGAGCCUCAUGGGGCGCGGAAGGACCAGGGAGCCCCGCCCUCGCACACGCAAGGACGAGCCGCCUGAAAAAGCUGCGCAGGUGGAGAAGAAAGAGAAGGAGGAUAUAAAAGACAGCCCAAAGAUCUCUGAGGUGAAGCCUGAGCCGAAGGAGGAAGAGCCCGUCUUAAAGCGGGAGGCUCCAGUUUCCUCUGUCCCUACUACAGCUGCUACUAUUGCGCCUCCCAAUUCUUCGCCAGCAGGUUUCAUCCCAGCACCCAAAUCCUCCACCCUUUCCCCUCCUGCAGGUUUUGUACCAGCACCCAAAUCCUCACCCCUCUCCCCUCCUGUAGGUUUUGUACCAGCACCCAAAUCCUCACCCCUCUCCCCUCCUGCAGGUUUUGUAUCAGCACCCAAAUCCUCACCCCUCUCCCCUCCUGUAGGUUUUGUACCAGCACCCAAAUCCUCACCCCUCUCCCCUCCCGUAGGUUUUGUGCCCCCUCCCAAAUCCUCACCCAUAUCCCCAUCUGCAGAUUCUGAACUGGCCCCGAAAACUUCACCCCUCUCUCCUCCUAAAGGUUUUGUACCAACCCUUAAAACCUCCAUAGCCACACCUCCCUCAAGCUCAACUCUGUCACCUAAAUCUUCUACUGUAAUCCCUCCAAGUUCCACCCCAGUCCCCAAAUCCUUACCACCCUCACUGCCAGCAGGUCCUCCAAAAUCCACACCCAUCUCCCCUCCCACUGGCUUUGUCCCCCCCCCUCCCAAGACGGACCCUUUUGCUCCCCCACCUGGAUUUAUUCCUGCUCCCAAACAACUUCCUGUGACGAAAACGGAGGUUAAGGCACCCUCUCGCCUCUUCUCUGAGAAACCUCCUUCUGUGAACAUUUCUUCCAAGAGCACCCCCACUGUAAUCAAGAUGGAGGAGCCGCUCAGUCCCACUGAAGAGGCUCAGAGACGCCUGGAGAGGAUCUUCACCGCUCCUCUGGAGCUUGUGGUUACUGCCCCAGCCCUCCCAUCUCAGGCCCCGGCCUCGGCCUCCUCAGCCCCUCCUCAGGUACUGUGGCCCGCAGGGGCCCCCUCUGGAGUCCUGGCAGGAGUGUGUGCUCGUGUGGCGUGUUGGAGCGGACAGGUGGAUGAGGACCCCGUGGCCAUCCUGCAGGCGUCUCACGCCGCCGCCCAACAACCCAAGGUGAAGACCGAGGAGCAGAUUGCAGCGGAGCAGGCAUGGUACGGCUCAGAGAAAGUGUGGCUGGUUCACAAGGAUGGCUUCUCCCUGGCAACUCUGGUAAAGACAGAGCCCGGAGCGCUGCCCGAGGGGAAGGUGAAGAUCCGACUGGAAAACGACGGGACAGUACUGGACGUGGAUGAGGACGAUGUGGAGAAGGCCAACCCUCCGUCGUACGACCGCUCCGAGGACCUGGCCUCGCUGCUGUACCUGAACGAGGCCAGCGUGAUGCACUCCCUGCGCCAGCGCUACGGGGGCAACCUCAUCCACACGCACGCCGGGCCCAACAUAGUGAUCAUCAACCCCCUGAGCGCCCCGUCUAUGUACUCUGAGAAGGUGAUGCACAUGUUCAAGGGCUGCAGGCGUGAGGAUACAGCGCCCCACAUCUACGCUGUGGCCCAGUCGGCCUAUAGGAAUCUGCUCACCACGCGGCAGGACCAGUCCAUCGUCCUGCUGGGCAAGAGUGGCAGUGGCAAGACCACCAACUGCCAGCACCUGGUCCAGUACCUGGUGUCCAUCGCCGGCAGCACCGGCAAGAUUUUCUCUGCGGAGAAGUGGCAGGCUGUCUACACUCUCCUGGAGGCCUUUGGGAAUAGUGCCACCUCCAUGAACGCCAACGCUAGUCGCUUCUCCCAGAUCGUCUCUCUGGACUUUGACCAGGCUGGACAGGUGGCCUCCGCCUCCAUCCAGACCAUGCUACUGGAGAAGCUGAGAGUGACCAAGCGGCCAGAGGCAGAGUCCACCUUUAACGUCUUUUACUACAUGAUGGCUGGAGCUGACACCACCCUCAGGACGGAGCUGCACUUUAACCACUUUGCAGAGAACAGCGCAUUUGGAAUAGUCCCUCAGUCAAAGCCUGAAGAUAAACAGAAGGCUGCCCAGCAGUUCACUAAGCUGCAGGCGGCCAUGAAGGUGCUGGGCAUUUCUGCUGAGGAGCAGAAGGCUCUCUGGCUCAUUCUGGGGGCUAUAUAUCACCUGGGGGCUGCGGGGGCCACUAAAGCUGGCCGCAAGCAGUUUGCUCGUCAUGAGUGGGCCCAGAAAGCAGCCUACCUGCUGGGCUGCACCCUGGAGGAGCUGUCCUCCUCCAUCUUCAAGCACCAGGCUAAGGGGGCGCUGCAGAGGUCCACCUCCUUCCGCCAGGGGCCCGACGAUGCAGGGAGCGGAGACAGCUCAGGUCCAAAGAUCACAGCUCUGGAGUGUCUGGAGGCCAUGGCGUCAGGCCUGUACUCUGAGCUCUUUACACUGGUCAUCUCCCUCGUCAACAGAGCUCUCAAAUCCAAUCAGCACUCCCUGUGCUCUCUGCUCAUCGUGGACACGCCAGGCUUCCAGAACCCCCGCGUGGCCAAGCGCCAGCGAGGCGCCACCUUUGAGGAGCUGUGCCACAACUACGCCCAGGAGAGGCUGCAGACGCUGUUCCACGAGCGCACCUUUGUCCAGGAGCUGGAGAGAUACAAGGAGGAGAAUAUAGAACUUGCAUUAGAUGACAUAGAGUCCAGUACCUCACUGUCUGUAGCUGCUAUUGACCAAGCCUCCACCCAAACCCUGGUGCGGACCCUGGCCCGCACAGAUGAGGCGCGGGGGCUGCUCUGGCUGAUGGAGGAGGAGGCUGUGCAGCCCGGGGGCACAGAAGACACCCUGCUGGAGAGACUCUUCAGCUACUACGGCCCCACGCAGGGAGACAACAAGGGACACACUCUGCUCCUGAAGAGCGAGAAGCCGCAUCACUUCCUGCUGGGCCACAGCCACGGGACGGACUGGGUGGAGUACGACGCGCAAGGCUGGUUGAGCCACGCCAAGCAGAACCCUGCCUCCCAGAACGCUGCCACUCUCCUGCAAGACUCCCAGAAGAAGAACAUCAGCGGCCUGUUCGUGGGUCGUGGCGGGGGGGCCACUGUGCUGUCAGGCUCCAUCGCAGGGCUGGAGGGGGGCUCCCAACUGGCACUGCGUCGCGCCACUAGCAUGAGGAAGACCUUCACCACGGGCAUGGCCGCUGUCAAGAAGAAGAACCUCUGCAUUCAGAUCAAGUUGCAAGUGGACGCUCUGAUUGACACUGUGCGGCGGUCCAGGGUCCACUUUGUCCACUGCCUGCUUCCCAAGGUGGAGGCAGUGGGGCUGGCCGGCGAGCCCAGGGUGGCCCACAGCGAGAGCUGCGACUCGGGCCUCAUGCAGCUGGACGUGGGCCUCCUCCGGGCUCAGCUUCGUGGUUCCAAGCUGCUCGACGCCCUGCGCAUCUACAGACAAGGUUACCCUGAUCACAUGGUCUUCUCAGAGUUUCGCCGGCGCUUCGACGUGCUGGCGCCCCACCUGACCAAGAAGCACGGCCGCAACUACAUUGUCAUGGACGAGAAGAGGGCUGUGGAGGAGCUGUUGGAAUCACUGGAACUGGAGAAAAGUAGUUUCCACAUGGGCCUUAGCAGAGUGUUCUUCAGAGCGGGCACCCUGGCCAAGCUGGAGGAGCAGAGGGAUGUCCAGACCAGAAGAAACUUUACCCUCUUCCAGGCCGCCUGCAGAGGAUACCUGGCCAGACAGGCCUUCAAGAAGAGAAAGAUUCAGGACCUGGCCAUUCGCUGCAUCCAGAAGAACAUCCAGAAGAACCGCGGGGUGAAGGGCUGGCCCUGGUGGAAGCUCUUCACUACUGUGCGGCCACUCAUUGAGGUGCAGCUCACCGAGGAGCAGAUCCGUGGCAAGGAUGAGGAGAUCCAGUCGCUGAAGGGGAGGCUGGAGAAGGUGGAGAAGGAGAGGAACGAGCUGAGACUCGGCAGCGAUCGGCUGGAAGGCAGGAUCACAGAGUUGUCGUCGGAGCUUGCAGACGAGAGGAACACCGGCGAGUCCGCCUCCCAGCUGCUGGAGUCCGAGACUGGAGAAAGACUCAGACUGGAGAAAGAGAUGAAGGACCUACAGACAAAGUUUGACUCGAUGAAGAAACAGAUGGAGUCCAUGGAGAUGGAGGUAAUGGAGGCACGACUCCUCAGAGCCUCUGAGCUGAAUGGCGAGUUGGAUGAGGAUGACACAGGGGGAGAGUGGAGGCUGAAGUACAAACGGGCCAUCAGAGAGAUCGAGUUCACCAAGAAGAGACUCCAGCAGGAGUUUGAUGACAAACUGGAGGUGGAGCAGCAGAACAAACGACAGCUGGAGAGGAGGCUAAGUGACCUCCAAGCAGACAACGAGGAAGUGCAGCGGACGGCGCAGCAGCUGAAGAAGAAGUGCCAGCGGCUGACGGCAGAGCUGCAGGACACCAAGCUGCACCUGGAGGGCCAGCAGAGCCGCAACCACGACCUGGAGAAGAAGCAGAGGAAGUUUGACUUGGAGCAAAGCCAGUCCCAGGAGGAGGUGCAGAGAGAGAGGACCCAGAGAGAGAAGCUGAGUCGGGAGAAGGACAUGCUGAUUGGAGAGGCCUUCAGCCUGCGACAGCAACUAGAGGACAAGGACCUGGAGAUGUGUGCUCAGAACCUGAAGCUGGAACAGCUAGACGCAGAGUUGCAGGACCUGUCCUCCCAGGAGACCAAGGACGAGGCAUCACUUUCCAAGGUCAAGAAGCAGCUCCGUGACCUUGAGGCUAAGGUCAAAGACCAGGAGGAGGAGCUGGACGAGCAGGCUGGAACCAUCCAGAUGCUGGAGCAGGCAAAGCUGCGUCUGGAGAUGGAGACUGAGAGACUCCGGCAGACCCACUCCAAGGAGGUCGAGAGCAAAGACGAGGAGGUGGAGGAGAUCAGGCAGUCCUGCAGCAAGAAGCUCAAGCAAAUAGAGGUCCAGUUGGAGGAAGAGUAUGAUGACAAGCAGAAGGUCCUGAGAGAGAGAAGGGACCUGGAGGCCAAGCUCCUUCUGGCUCAGGACCAGGUGUGCCACAGAGACGUGGACACUGAGAAGCGCCUGAGGAAGGACCUGAAGCGCACCAAGGCCCUGCUGGCUGACGCCCAGAUCAUGCUGGACCACAUGAAGAACAACGCCCCCAGCAAGAGAGAGAUCGCCCAGCUCAAAAACCAGCUGGAGGAGUCUGAGUUCACAUGCGCGGCUGCAGUCAAGGCCCGGAAGUCCAUGGAGGUGGAGAUAGAAGACCUGCAUGUACAGAUGGAUGACAUCUCCAAAGCCAAACAGGCUCUGGAGGAACAGUUGAGCAGGCUGCAGAGGGAGAAGAACGACCUGCAGUCUCGUAUGGAGGAGGACCAGGAAGACAUGAAUGAGCUGAUGAAGAAGCACAAGUCAGCUGUUGCCCAGUCCACCCAGAACCUGGCCCAGAUCAGCGACCUGCAGGCCCAGCUUGAGGAGGCCCUCAAGGAGAAACAGGAGAUCCAAGAGAAGCUCCAGGCCAUACAGAGCCAGCUGGAGUUCCAGGAACAGUCGAUGGUGGAGAAGUCCUUGGUCAGUCGGCAGGAGGCCAAGAUCCGUGAAAUGGAGACCAAGCUGGAGUUUGAGAAGACACAGGUCAAACGUCUGGAGACCCUGGUAGCACGCCUGAAGGAGAACCUUGAGAAGCUGACAGAAGAACGCGACCACCGCAGCACCAGCGAGAACCGAGAGAAGGAGCAGAAUAAGCGUCUUCAGAGGCAGAUCCGGGACAUCAAAGAGGAGAUGGGAGAGCUGGCCAAGAAGGAGGCUGAAGCUAGCCGCAAGAAACAUGAGCUGGAAAUGGAUAUAGAAAGUUUGGAGGCAGCCAAUCAGAGUCUGCAGGCGGAUCUCAAGUUGGCUUUUAAAAGGAUUGGUGACCUUCAAGCUGCCAUUGAAGAUGAGAUGGAGAGCGACGACAAUGAAGACCUCAUUAACAGUUUACAAGACAUGGUGACAAAGUAUCAGAAACGAAAGAACAGAACUGAGGGUGAGUCAGACACGGACUCAGAGGUGGAGGGCCGUGUGGAUGGGGUGAAGUCCUGGCUGUCCAAGAACAAGGGGUCUGCCAAGAACCUCUCAGAUGACGGCAGCCUCAAGAGCUCCAGAUUUGCUGUAAACGUAGACGCAAAGGAAGGGAAAGAGUGGAAAGAGGGUAAGGAAUGGAAAGAGGCUAAUAAAGAGGGCAAAGAGGUAGAGCAGGGCAGGCCUGUGUCUGUGAUGAGUUCCCUGAGCUACAGGAAGCGCACCAACCUCAAGGAUUCUAUUGGAGGCAAGGGGGAUGACAGUUCCCUCUUCAGCACUCUGAAGGACAACUCGAACCCCCAGGAGCCCCUCUCCUCUUUCCGCAAGGCCAAGCCCAAGGCCUCGGACCCCCAGGAUGACUCAUACUCUGUCAGUUCCUGGAGGAAGUCACAGGCCGGAGAGGACAUGGAUGAUAGGGGUUCGGUCAUCUCCCAGGCAUACUCCGAGGCCACUAGCCGAGCCAGAAAGGGUCUGGAGAGCCGCUGGGGCGAUUUUGAUAAGGAGUCCUCCGUGUCUUCCAUCCCGCCCAGCAGGGUGUCCACGCGCCGCGGCCUCAGCCCAGACGACGACGCCAAGUCCACUUUCAGCCUCCGUCUCUCCAGCCCUCUAGGGCGCCGUCAAAGCACCUCGCGCCUGGACGUGGGGCGCGGUGGUGGCGAGUCAUACACACGCAGCCCCAGCAGUCCCUGUCUAAGCAGGCGCUCAGGGGGCCGCAGCCCCGGCAGCGUGAGCCGUGUGGGGUCUCGCAUGUCGCAGAGCUGCCGCCUCAGCGAGUUUGACGACAUGGACGACAGCCGGAGCAUGGCCUUCAGCGAACGGUCCUCAGUUUACAGUCCACACUCCUCGACCGGCCGCAGCCUCUCCAUGCCUCCUCCGCGCGCUCGCUCCUCAGCCGGGGCCGGCGAACUACUGGACACCUCCGACGUGAAGCCUGUCAGCCACCGCAACUACCUGGACCCGGACCUGGAGAAGGCCAUCAAUGAGGUGCUGAGCUUCAAGCCCAUCAAGUUCAAACGGACCAGCCUGGAGGACUCAGAGGGGGAAGUAGAGAAAGCUGCAGGUGAUGAUGAUGACGACGACCGCAAGAGCGUGCGCACUACCGACAGCGGGCGUGGCGGCAGCAGCCUCCGACGGUCUGCGUCCGCCGUCGACUGCCGGCCCUCCAGCAGCAUGAGCAGCCGCAGCCGCAGCAGCAGCAGGAAGAAAGGGAAGAGCAAGAAGAAGAAGAGGAGCCACAGUUCCGAGUCAGACAGCUCAGACGACGGCCGCCGCAAGAGGAGCAGCUCCAAGAAGAAGGGCAAGAAGUCCAGGAAGAAGUCCAGGAAGAGGGACGAGACCUCUUCGUCAUCUUCCUCUUCCACCGACUCCGACUCGGAGUCUGGAUCGAGCUCUGGAGCUUCCACUAUCUCCUAUAAGAGCACCAACAGUGUUAAGAGAGCCCCAGGUCGUCAGGCAUCAAGCCCAGAGGGGGAAGGGGAGGUCGGGCUGCCAACCGAAGGGCAACCCCCUAACAAGAAGGAGGAGAAGAAGAGAAAGAAGAAAGUAGACAACCUGAUGAUGAAGUACCUGUACAGAGCCGACAGUGACUGAGGCACGCAUCCGCCUAGCAGAAGACGCUUCUGCCAAGACAGAUCUGACGAAGAAGAGGAGGAAGAAAAAGAAGGCGGGGCGUCUCGAGUGGGGUACCGUUCCCGUUACACACGCGGCAGCUAUCUAAACAACAGCGACGACGAGGACAAG